AUGCCGUCUAAUCAGGGUCUGUUCGACGUGAGAGGUUGUUCGAUUCCAGAGAGCAGUAUCUCAGAUUGGCUAGAGUCGGAUCACAGUGAUGAACUUGCACGCCAAAAACUUGAAAAGUUGCAGUAUUCUGCCGACGAUGGCUUUCCUGAAGUACUUGAUCUAAGUGCGUACUACAGUUACCAUGGAACAGUUUCAGAGGAAGUUACAUGUAUACUGGACGAGCCAAUGGUCAACGAAGACGACAAUUAUGAACUGGAGAAUGAAAAAUAUCUGGCAAGUCUUGGUGAAGAGAAAAUCAACGAGCUGAAAAUGGAAAUCGCUGAGAAAAUAGACAAGAACACGAUCGCGUUUUUGAAAGAACGAUAUAAGAAAAACCCGAAGGCGGUGGAUACAAAUGCGAGAGUGUCGAAGUUCAAAGCAUCUCGUGCUAAUGGGACUUCCGAGAAAUCGUCGUCAACAGAGGAAUCGAAGACAUCGAUGGCGCAACCUCCACCACCGCCCCCCGUCGUACAAGACAUGCUUGAUCAACUUGAAGUCUUAGAAGAGUUUGCUGAUCGAAGUGACGAGGAGAAGUAUAACAGGCUUGCUACUGAUGCCUUCCAACUGGACUUCACUACGAAGUGCUUGCGCAGUGUUGCACCUCGUCAACAGAAGAAUGCAUUGAAGUUAUUCGAUAAUUGCAAGAUAGCUACAACCAGCAACGCAGAUCCUCUCGUGGAACUUGCACGAUCACGAAUAGACGACAUCAAGGAGCUUUACCUUGAGGAAGUGAAAUCCGGUGACCAGACGUUUUUCCAAUUCGCGAAUGGAGUGAAUCCUUUGAUCGAUGGCUCUUGGACAUUGGUUCCUGUACGUCGAGUAUUGGAUGCUGUACAUAAACGAGAGGGAGAGGUUUGUGCAGAUGACAUUGAUAUUGUUCGUCUCGCCUUAUUAUGGACGCUACUGCUGCACGACGAAAGGCUGACUGCUUUUCUAGCGUUCGCAGAACCUAAUGACGUUUACGUUCGCUUAGCAGAAGUUUUAUUAAUAGGACCGGAAGUACUGGCUGACGAUGUUAUCGCGUCGUGCUAUUCACGUAUUCUUAGAGAUUAUGUUCAAAAGGUGGUAUAUUAG